AUGACUAUGCCACAAACCACAGCCACAAUUGGCUUUGAGCAAUUGUCCAAAUAUUUUCAUCUACCCAUCAAUGAUGUUGCCAAAGAGCUUGGCAUCUGUGCCACCAUGCUCAAGAAGAUUUGUCGUCGAAACGGCAUCCCACGUUGGCCACACAGAAAGAUCAAGAGUAUAAACAAAAUGAUCGAGAACCUCGAGUCGACCCUCCAGAGCGGGCAGGGUGAGGCCGAGGAAUGUGUCAAGCAGGAAAUCGCCAUUCUCAAAAACAAAAAGUCACUCAUCAUGAAAAACCCUGCCAUCCUCGCCAACUCUAGUACCACCAAGCGUUCCGCUAAUAAUGCCAACAAUAAUAAUAAUAGUAGUAAUAAUAGUAGUAACAAUACCACUCCAUCGUCAUCGGCUACUACGCCAACGACAGCAUCGCCUGCCAACUCAUCGCCAAGCACUAAUAGCAACAACAACAACAACAACAAUAUCAGUAGUAAUGACGCCAUCAUCGAAAAGGUUGUAAAGAAAAUAAAGCAAGAGGUGGUCGAUAUUCACCAUCACCAUGGCAGCUCGUCGUCGUCGUCACCUCAACAACUCCAACAAAUCCAACAACAUCAACAACAACAACAACAACAACAGAUGCAACAACAACAACAACAACAUCAUCAACAUCAAUUGCUUCAACACCAUCCUGGUCAACACCAACAUAUUACUUAUCAAAAUAUUAGUAUACCACCUCCACAACAACAACAGCAUAUACAGGCACUUGGCCAACAACCCACUCACCAUACCUACCAAAUGCACCAUAACGCAUCGUCCAACGCACCAGGCAACUCGUCCAGUGCCGGUUCCCACGAGAUCAUCUCGUCGUCGAGUAAUGGUGGUGGCAAGGUCAUCCAAUUCUCGAAUCACUCGCCGCAACAAAGUAACGCCAACUUUUCCAUCAACCAACUUUUGACCUCGAGCAGCACCUUUUCUGCUCCUCUUACCAGCUACUUGCUUGGCGACGAAGAUGAUAUGGGAUCACACGAACAAUACAUACACACUCAACACAGUAUCCCAUACGGACAGCCACACGGUCACUCUCCCAACCACAACCAUAACCAUGGACCACGCGAGAUUGAGUUGCAGGCCCCACCUCCACCUCCCAAUACUUGGUAUGCCACCACUGCACCUCCACCCAGUGUGCAGACCUAUAUGACCACACCCAUGUACUCUUCUCCCAUCUCUACUCACGAAUACCCACCUUCCUUCACACUCCCUAAACUGGCCACUAUCCCAGACAUCUCGCAACAGAUGAUCCAACAAGGUCCACCCACUGCCACAUAUAUCACCACCACCCAAGCACCUCCCCACCAAUACCAAUCCCAUCCAUCGCAGCCUGGUAAGGUCGUCUACCGCUACCCCACCACUACCACCAUCCUCUCACACCAAGUUCCAACUCAACAACAUCUUCGUUGGGUUAUGGAACAUGAUAAAAAUGCUCAUCAAUAA